CCUGUUCGCGAGUCCGCCCCCGCCAGAGGGGCUCGGCUCCGGGAUCCAAGAUGGAGUCGUUGAGUCGAGCUGGGCAAGAGAUGAGUCUGGCGGCCUUGAAACAACACGACCCCUAUAUCACCAGCAUCGCAGACCUCACGGGCCAGGUCGCUCUGUACACUUUCUGCCCCAAAGCCAACCAGUGGGAGAAGACUGAUAUAGAAGGGACCCUAUUUGUAUAUCGCAGGUCAGCUUCGCCUUACCAUGGUUUUACCAUUGUCAACCGACUAAACAUGCAUAAUCUGGUUGAACCAGUGAAUAAAGAUUUGGAAUUUCAGCUCCAUGAACCAUUUCUUCUGUAUAGAAAUGCAAGCUUGUCAAUAUACAGUAUCUGGUUUUAUGACAAGAAUGACUGUCACCGCAUAGCAAAACUCAUGGCUGAUGUGGUAGAAGAGGAGACACGGCGAUCCCAGCAGGCUGCUCGAGAGAAACAGAGUCCCAGCCAGGCCAAUGGCUGCAGCGACCAGAGGCCCAUCGACAUCCUGGAGAUGCUGAGCAGAGCCAAGGAUGAGUAUGAGAGGAAUCAGAUGGGCGGCUCAAAUAUCUCCAGCCCUGGGUUACAGCCAAGCACUCAGCUCUCCAAUCUGGGAAGCACCGAGACUCUAGAAGAGACACCCUCUGGGUUACAAGAUAAGUCUGCUCCAUCUGGUCACAAGCACCUGACAGUAGAAGAGUUGUUUGGAACCUCUUUGCCAAAGGAACAGCCAACAGUUAUGGCUGUGGAGUCAGAAGAUGUAGAGAAGCUGUCGGGAGAUGCAUUGCAAAAAGAGCCCAGCUCGUUCCGCCCAUUUCCCUUUGAGCAGUCAGGGGGAGCUCCUCAGUCUGGAAGCCUGGGUGUCCACUCCACCGCUCACCAUGCAGUCCAGUCUGAAGUGCCCACCCCGGUGCUAAUUACUCCUGCCUCCAUUGCACAGUCGGGUGAAAAGCCUGCCCCGAGCUACACAGUCCCCCUGACCCCCGUCCUCAGUCCCACCCUGCCCGCCGAAGCUCCUCCCACACAAGUCCCCCACUCACCUCGAAAUAGCACCAUGAUGCAAGCAGUAAAGACCACACCUAGACAGAAAUCUCCACUCCUGAACCAGCCAGUCCCUGAGCUAAGCCACAGCAGUCUGAUUGCUAGCCAGAGCCCCUUCAGAGCCCCAGUGAGCCUGGGGAACCCAGCUGGCACAGCCCUCCCAAGCAUUGAUCUGCUCCAGAAACUCAGGUUGACCACACAGCAUGACCAAAUACAGGCACAGCCGCUUGGAAAAGGUGCAGUGGCACCCAACUUCUCUUCGGCAGCUGGCCAACUGGCCACUCCUGAGAGCUUCAUAGAGCCUCCCUCUAAGACAACAGCAGUAAGAGCAGCAGUCUCAGCCUCCCUGAGCAACAUGGUGCUUGCUCCAACCCUCCAGUCUAUGCAGCAAAGCCAGGAUCCUGAAGUAUUUGCCCAGCCUAAGGUGUUACCCAGUGCCAUCCCGAUUGCAGGCCCUCCAUUGGUUACUGCAACAACCACAGCAGUUUCUUCAGUCCUGCUGUCCCCCAGUGUGUUCCAGCAAACAGGUCCCAGGUCCACAGACCUAGAGAGGAAAGCAAGCUCCCCCUCUCCCCUCACUGUUGGAACACCGGAGAAUCAGAAAAAGCCUUCCAUUAUUCUCAGCAAGUCUCAGCUCCAGGACACACUGAUACAUCUAAUAAAGAACGACUCCAGCUUCCUCAGUACGCUUCACGAAGUUUACUUGCAGGUUCUGACCAAGAACAAAGACAACCACAACCUAUGACUGGAGUGAAGUCCACGUGAAGGUAGAGAGAGUGUCCACCUCAGAAACAAGCGGGCUUCAUCAUGGACCAUCUGGUAGCACAUGGAGCUUUGAGAAGCCUGGGUUUGAGCCUGAGAGAGCCUUGUUCCUUAAGGAUGUUUUCUAGAGACAUUGUCAGUGAUGAUGGAGGUUUCACUGUGAAGCAUCACCAGCAGACUUUGUUUGACAAAAACAACAAAAACGACCAUUGUGUUGAGUUAUGUGGGUGUUUUCAUCAGCUGUUGGCAAGUGUGUGGAAUGAGGAGCCUGAUUGUCAGCUUGCUUUCCAGGCCUGGGGAGGAGCCACCAGCCUUGCAGCAGAGCUCAGUGGAGCCCACGCCCUCCCUCCUCUUCUGCCCCUAGAAGCUCUGAACUGAAUGUCCGCUCCACAGAGUAGCUUCAAGUUUUAAGGAUCAGAAUUUUAAGUUGAUUCUUUGGAAGGUAUUUGUUCAAGUGAAGUAUAUUUUCUAUGAGCACCCCGCUUGGGCCUUAAAACUUCUGGGAUUUCUUUGUGUUUCAGUAAGUGUCCCUGGUCCUGCCAUGUGCAAACUCCAGUGAAGCACGGCUGUUUGGAUAGGGCCUGACUGGGCUCCGGGGGAGGAGGCUUCACCCCUUUGAAGCAGAGGCUGGGGCCACACAGAUCCAGAUCCGACCAGAAGGCUCCACUUUGGUGAACCUCAGUGGCCUAAGUGUCAAGUUUGUGUGUGAAGCACAGCCUUAUUUCCUUUUCUGUCUAAACACAGUUCAAGUUCUUGUUGAUUGUUUUCCUUAACACUUUGGCAAAAGGACCAGUGGACCAAUCUGACAAAGCCAUUCUGGUUCCAUUCCUCAGAUGUGCUGAGAGCAGUUUUAAAGCUAUGCAGAAAAGGGAGCUGUACUCACACUGCCCUUCCUUGUAGAGUAUGGAGUCAAGCAGGUGGGAGCCGCAGAACCUCACAGUAUACUCCUAGGCUGCGAGCUCAUCCAGCUGCGGUGUGGAACUGUGUCGAUGCUUUGUGAUGCUGCUAUUGAUCUGCCAUGGCUUCUAUUUAUUCUUUUAUGGCAUGUAAUGGUGUUUAGUAAUAUUUUAAUGUAGAACUUGAUUAUUUCAGCAAUAGUAAUUUUGAGAUAUUCUUUGACUGAAAAGUGUCUUCGUUUCUAUGAUACAGGUCAUUUUGUAGUAUUUAACCAACUAAGAUGCACUGCUUCCUUUCUGAGCACUAUUUAACGGUGGGUAAAAACCCAGUUGGCUCAACCAGCUCGCGGAAGGAUUCGCUGUGAAUAAUGCUGGCCAAUGCAACAGUUCACUGAACAGUUGCUUAAGCUUUAACAGGAACCCAAUCAAAGGCUCAUCGAUUUCUUUCUAGCUGAAAUUUUAGAAAAUUACUUAUUAAUUACUUAUUUUACUUUGGUCUUAGUUUUUUAGCCUAAAGAAUACUUGGAUUGGCGCGAGCUGAUCUCAACAUGCUUCCUGGACAAUAUUUCUGCUUCUCCAUUGACUGUCUUCUCUGGUUGUCUACCCAGUUAUGUGUGAAGUGUGCAGAAUUCAGGGAAGCUCAGACUUUUUCAUACUCGAUUAGGGAUAGUUUCAUGAUAGUGUGUAAGUUUAGCAACCAAAAAUUAAUUGUCCAUGCGUCAUCUAAGAAAGAUAAAGUUGUAGUGAGAUGAUGGCUGUUGCUGACAGCAAGAGGUGGUGGUCAAGGAGCCCCAGGGCUGUUCUCAUAAAGUGAAUACACCUGUAGGUUUGAUCACUCCCUGGUGUGGUCUCGGUAGACAUCAGUAAACAGAUAAUUCAAAGCAUUCUUCUUCCAGUGGGUGUUUGAAUUUCACUCAUGCUUUUGAGUGUGUGUAAUAUUAAGAGAUGGUGAAGAAUGGGUACCCUAACAAGCAUCUGCAAUCAGAUCUGUUACUUUUUCACCCUUGAAUCCCAGGAGUGACCAUGAAAAACAGAAGGAAGGCUUCCUUGGUGUAGAUAGGAACUUCUAAGUGCCGAAGUGAUGGAGACUUGAAAAGGGUAAACCUGUUUCAACUCCCAAAUUUAUAUACUCCAAGCAUUUCCUUGAAACUCAGAAGUCAGAAGUUCCAGAUCAUGACUGCUAGGGAGCCAGGACAGAGUGAGUCCCCAGAGAGCCGGGCCAAGCUGAAUAGUUGCAGUUGGGUGAGCCUGGCCUACAAGUGAGCUCUGUUGCCUUACUCCUCAUCUGGGCACACUAUCCAGAACCUCUGCCAGCUAGCGUAGCUUGCAUGUUUACAGUGUCUUUGCAGGAACCUUAGUUGAACUGAAAAGGACAUUGGAGAAGCUUCUUCCUUGGUUGGCAGAGCCCAGAAGACCACAUUUUUAGGCCACUCUGUCUGUCCAUCUGUGUACACACCCAACCCUGUCACCCCGGGGCCAAAGGGCCUGGGAAGUGCUGCAUGUUUGGGGUGUCACCAGUGAGAGACACUGCUGUUUUUUGUUGUAGUUAAUGUUAUGUCUUUGAAUGGGUGCACACCCCAGGCUGACCCGCCCAGUCCCUCUCAGGCUGCCUUCUUCCCGGUUGUAUACGUCUCCCGGGCCCUGCUUCAGUCCUGAAUGUCAAGUGACCAUCAGUACUCCUGGUAUUCCCUGUGAUCUCCAUACGGUCUCUCCACAGCUAUCUUGGACAGUGGCCUUUCAUUCCAAACCCACAUUAAGGCCUUGGUCCAGGCUUGACUUAGAUACCAAUGACCAGAUUUUGCAUGUGUGAGCAUUGGUUCUGUGUGUGGCCUGAAUCUUAUGGGAAUUAUAAAUGCCAUUGAAUUCACUAGUAAGUACUCUUUUUAAACCAUGCAGCUUUAUUGCUCUCUUCCCCCCCCAAAGAAUGUCGGCUGAAAUCAUCUCAUUUUGGUAGUAGAGGCCGUAACUGCCAUUGUAAUAGUAAUAAUGCAACAUGAGACUGAAGGUGCCUAGUUGCUCAUAGCAGAGCCAGCGUCCCCCUGUAACUCAGAGGGAAGAGAAGGGCCGGGAACUGAGGGCUCAUGGCCCAAGUGCACUGUCCUUGCGGCACACCUACCAUGGACCGUGUCUUUGUCCUUGCGCCUUUGGCUUUCUUCCCUUGUGUUCAGAGUGGAUAUAUUCUGGAACCAGCAGUGCCCAGUUUUCAAGAACGCGCAAUGCUGGGGUCUCGGCAGAGCACCGUGGAGCAGACUGUAAAGCCCGCUCACCAGAGCAUCUCCGUGAGCUCCGGGGCCUCCAGGAUCCUCCAGGGUUUUGGUUUGGGGUUGUUUUGUUUCGUUUUUGUUUUUUCUUCAAGUUUCAGCAGGAGAGACGUGCAAUGUUUCACUCAGAUUCAGAUUUGACAUUCUUUAAAACGCUGCAAUGCAAUAUCGAUCACUUUGAAGUGGGAAAAAUGCAAAGUUGUGUUUCCUUUUUCUCCGUGAGUCCUUAAGAAACGUGUUGUUGGUGUGCGUGCUGUGAGUGGUCUUUCUCUUCCUGCUUUGGCCAUGUGGCUCUCAUGACUUCAUUGUACCCGGUGCUCGGCUCUUCCGUGGAGACGAGAAGCCCUGCGCCACCGUGAAGCUUUUGUUCCAUGAGCGCAAUGCCACCUCAUUAACCUUUUUAGUGGUGUGGAUUUUAUACCAUCUGUGUAUGUUUGCAAAUAUUAAGUUAUUACAUGUUUUAAAAUGAGCAUUUUUCAUCCUAAAUUUUAUAUGUUUGCAAAUAUAUUUUUUUAAUAAAAUUUCAAAACCAAGUUUU